UACGUCAUCACGCACAAACACGGAAACAGAAAACGAAACGUUCUCUGUCGUCUUCAACAGUGAGAGUUGGGUCUUUGCGCCUUUAGCGUCCAUUUUCCGAGGUGUGUCAGGAUGGUGGUGCUUUCUAAGGAGUAUGGAUAUGUGGUUUUGACUGGUUUUGCCAGUAUGGUCAUGGUGGGACACCUGGCCUUGAAAGUUGUUAAAGCCCGGAAGAAGUACGACGUGCGGUAUCCUCAGAUGUACAGUGAUGACCCUGAGAAUGGACACAUCUUCAACUGCAUCCAGCGUGCCCACCAGAACACACUGGAAGUGUACCCCGCUUUUCUAUUCUGCCUGGCCAUCGGUGGUUUGCAUUGCCCUCGUCUCGUUAGUGGACUUGGAGUCGUGUGGAUCGUUGGCAGAGAGGUGUACGCACAUGGCUACUCAUCAGGAGAACCCAAAAAGCGAAAAUAUGGAGCGUUUGGGACUCUGGCCUUAUUUGGGAUGAUGCUGAGCACAUUAAACUUUGGUCGCCAUCUGCUGGGCUGGGCUGGGCCGCAGUUUGGGCCCUUCCGUACCAAGUGUUGUCAUUAAAGGAUGGAAGACUUCCUUUUGCCGUUGCUCAAUCUUUAUUACUCUAAUCAAAGCAACUAAACACGACGUAAAGACUCUUCCUUGUAGCAUGUCUGCUGGUUUGUGACCAGUGUAACAAGUUGAGUUCAUGUUGACAAGUGAUCAGACUGGUUUUCUGCAAAUAUACAGUUAGAUUUCUUGAUGUGGUGCACUGACAGAUCAGUAUUCCCAUUUCAAACAGGAGCUGAGUUUAUCUUUAUAUGAUGUUUAGCUGCACCCUGAUUCUGAGAAUGUACCGGUAAUCUUUUGCUUACAUAACCUGUAAUAUUGUGUGUUUGUUUCAAAAAUAAGUGUAGAUGACAUCACCUCAAUUUGUUGCUUUUACCAAGUUUAAAAAUAAAGAUUUUGUACCUUACUGGUCAUUGAA